AGAGUGCCAUAAACAAACACCGACGGACCUCCACAGUACUGGGUCCACAGAAAGCAUGGAGAGCCCGGAGCUGUCUUUUACUUUGGCUUACAUCGUGUUCUCAUUCUGUUUUGUGUUCACACCCAAUGAGUUCCGUUCGGCUGGUUUAACGAUCCAGAAUCUGUUUUCGUCCUGGCUGGGGAGUGAAGAUGUGGGCUUCAUCCAGUACCAUGUCAGGAGGACCAGCAUCACCAUCCUGGUUCACUCCGCGCUGCCUUUAGGUUACUACAUGGGAAUGUGUAUUGCUGCUCCAGAAAAAAACCUAGGAAACAUUUACCAGGUGAGUGACGGCUGGAGAGCAUUUCUCCUUCUCUCUCUCUGCCUCCAUUUGGUCAGCUGGGCACUUGUCUUUUACUGGUCCCGUGGUCACUGGCACAAUCAUCCAAUCAGCCAAGUGCUGCAGGCCCAUGUACAGCCUCCUUACUCCAGCUGGGGCUCUGUGGCAGUCAGCAUCAACACUGAGUUCAGACACAUAGACAAGUUUGCUACAGGGGUACCAGGAGCCAGAGUCAUCGUUACUAACAGCUGGGUGUUAAAGGUGACCACCUAUCACAUUUACAUGGCCCUGCAGAGUGACUGCCACGUGACAGUGACAGAAUCCAGACAGCACCAGCUGAGUCCAGAUUCAACCUCCCCUACAGAGAUCUUGACCCUGAGAGUUGACAGCAUUAACCCUGCUGUCAGACCAUUCAACAUCAAGCUGAACUCUACAGAGUACGCAGAGCUCAGGGAGAAGCUCCGAGCCCCCAUCAGAAACUCUCCUAAUGUAGUGAUCCAUCAAACACUCAGUGAACUCUUCCUGGAAACAUUCAAAGCUCAGGUGGACCUCAAUCAGCCAUACACCAUCCCCAGUGGACAGGAGAUAGAGCUCUGUAUCGGCUGUAUGCAGGUUCCAGCAAACACCAAACUGGUCACACUUUGCCACGAAGCAGAAGCUGAUGAUGAUGAUUCAGAUUGCCAGCAGUGUUUCUGCAGACCCAUGUGGUGUCUGUUGUGUCUGGGUCGAUGGUUUGCCAGCCGCCUAGAUGAGCAAAGACCGGAGACAUGGUUGUCCAGCAGGGUUCCUUGCCCCACCUGUAGAGCCAAAUUCUGUAUUCUGGAUGUUUGUGCAGUGCGGUGACAGGACACACACAUCCUCCUCCACACUGACAUUUACUUUUUGAGGAGGGAUUUUCAGCAGCAAACAUCUGCAACGAGAGUGGAACCUGGACUGACUUUGUUUAUGUCCCAUCUGUUUCUACUCACAUGAAAAACAAAUAGAAAAAUGUACAAGAUAUGAUUUAUUUGAUGUAUUGUUUUGACUUAACAUCAAAUUGUUCCAUUCAAUUUGCAUUUUUCUCAUGCAGCAUAGUUAUAAAUAUAUAAGUAAGUAUGAGGCAAACACUGAAGGGGUAACUUUGAGUGAAUCACUGCAUGAAAAUGAAGAUGUGUUUUAAGAAGAACAUAAUGUGACAUUUAAUAUUAAAGGAAGGGGAAAAUUCAUAGAAGUUUUUUUUUUAUCAAUUUCUUUUCUUUUGGGUGUUAUUUCCAUGUGGAGUAAAACAUAUGAAUGUUUCACAUCAAGUUUUUAAAGGUUAACUCACAGUUUGUAGUUAUAUUUUUAUUGAAUGAGUUUAAUAACCACAGAGAUAUCGAUCCAAAUAUGCUGCUACCAGCUUACUACAAAAUUAAAGAUGCUUGGAAACAGGUUACAGAUAGAGUCAGUGCCAGUUUGGGAUUAAGCAUUUACAUCUCUAAGGAAAGUGGAAAGAAUUAUCCACCACUGAGCUCAAACUACACAGUGAUGCAUAUAAAGAAUAAAACUUGAGUUGACAGUA